UUGUUUUUAUCAUGGAAUGCCGUUUUCUUUUUCCCCCGUCAGGAAGUGAAGGUCAACAGCCCCGACUACGCCGGCGUCGACAAGGACAUUGCUCUACAAGACUUCCUCCAGCGUAUUGAACACUACACUUCGCGCUACGAACCCAUCGACGAUGACCUAGAUAAGGAUCUGUCUUACAUUAAAAUUUUCAACCAGGGUCAACGCUACCUCGCCAAUCGUAUUGAAGUUUUCUGCGAGGAGUCUACUUCGGACCUCAAAAGCAAAGUUGUGUCUCGUGUUCAGUCUGGCUGUAAGUAUCGAUCUGUGAACGCUGCUCCUGAGUAA